GGAAGAGGCAAGUCAUCUUUAUUGGCUGCUUGCAUAUCUAAAGUACAUCAGCUUCCUCACAGCAGGGUCUUUUACCAUUUUGUUGGCUGCGGUCCUUCAUCCGUUCAACUUUCCAAUAUAGUGAUGCGUCUUUGCUGCUACCUCAUUCCAAAUGGACCAGAGCAAGAAGAUGUUCUCAUGAAGCUCAGGAAUUGUUGGAGAAAUGAAGAGAUAAAAGACAUCCUGCAGCAUGUCCUGCAAACAUCUGCCAAACUCCCUGGCAUGGCCACAUACAUAUUUAUUGAUGCCAUAAAUCAGCUUUCAUUUCCAUCUGAUGUCACCGACCUGUCUUCUUGGCUGAGCACUCAAGGAUUUCUUCCUCCUUCCUAUAAGUGUGUGAUCAGCUGUACCCCAACCUCUGCACUCUGCACCAUAUCACCAUCUACCUGUCUAAAUCUGGAUCUUCUGUCUCCGGAAGCAGCACAGCGCCUGGUGGUCUUAUACCUGUCUCGCUAUAGCAAGAUAUUAAGCACUGAGCAGCUUCAUGAACUUCUACAAAAAUCAUUCUCCACAAACCCUUUGUGGAUAUCGCUUGCCUGCGAGGGAACGUCCGUGUCUAAGGAAAGAUUUGAGAGGCUCACCAAAAAAAAUUAUAGAAUUAGCUGACACACUGCAAGGUUUGCUAGAAAGUAUCAUACAAAGACUGGUGCAGGAAGACUACAGUACCCGGUGAAAAAGCUACUUUGUCUGCUGCAUUGCUGUCAAGAGGGUGUAGCUGAGCAAGACUUGCAAGGAGCCAUGUCUUCUCUAGAAGGUGUCUCAGAAAUACCCACCAUGUAUUGGGCCUCACUUCGCAGAACUUUGAGCUUUCUUCUUCGCGUAGGCCGUGACCACAGAGGGAAAGACAUGCUUAAUUUCUUUCAUGGCAGUGUAGCAAAGGCAGUGGAUCAAUGUUUGCUCAGUCCUGACAACUGUCACCAUAUAUAUUUAGUCAGCCUGGCUGAUUACUAUGAGUACAAGUGCACGGACCAUGUCACAGUGGUGAACCAGCUGCCAAGACUCCUGCAGGAAGCCAUGAUGAACAGUCGCCUGGUUAACUUUCUGAGAAAGGAUCCCCGUGCUCGCUCUAUACAAGCUCACACUAGGGCACGGUACCUAAAGGAUCUACGUUGCACUUACGUAUGCAGGGAUGGCUUCCCCAGGUCUAAAGCUAUGUUCUGUGGCAUGUGUUCAAUGAGAACUGGAGCAUUUGGUCAGCUGUCUGUGAAUAAGCAGAGCUGCGUCCUGUGUGGAGUGCAUGUCGCCAUCAUGGGGAAAGAGGCUUUCUUGUGUCAUCAACAUCACAGGAUCGGCACAACUGAAUGUCUAAUCUGCAAAUCACGUAUUCUAGGCAUCCACCACCAUCUCCCGUUCUUCUGUGUCACAGUGUGGCUUCCAUGAAACAGUAUUGCCUUAAAAAUGUAAUUUCUAUUUAUCUGUCUCAUAUCUAUCUAUCUAUCAUCUGCCUAUC